UUUUCUCCCUUAGAAUUUGCAUUUCCGAUUAGCAAACAAACAGAGUUUUUUAUGUUAUUAACAACUGUUAAAAAAACAACUUCAAUAACCGCUUCUUUGCCACCACCAUUCCUUGAUUAGUUGACUUUUUUUCCAUGUGUUGGAAUCAUAUACAAGCCAUAUUACCUCAACUUUGGAUCUCUUCAACAUUCUUGAGAUUCGAAACUCGUUUAUUUUAAGAGAUUGAUAACCCAAUUGAAGAAGAUGGGGAUGGAUGAAGAAGUUUCUUCUGCCAUGUUCAAGAUAAGGAAAACAUCUUUGGUGAAACAGUUGAUUGCUGUUAUUGUUGUGAUGGCUAUGUUUGUUGCAGAUGCAGCUGAUACAAAUGAUGUUUAUAGUCCAUGUCAUGAUGCUAAAGUUCAGAAAGAUGAUGGUUUUACCUUUGGCAUUGCAUUUUCAAACAAGCAAACUUUCACCCCUGAUAAUGGUCCUCAGCUUUCGCCUUGCGACUCUCGCCUUGACCUCCCAAACAAAGGAGCACAACUUGCUGUGUUUAGGCCAAAGGUUGAUGAAAUCUCUCUACUCACCAUUAACAAGAGUACCUUAAACCCGGCCACAACUGGUGGAUAUAUGGUUGCAUUUGCUGGACAGAAAUAUGCAGCAAGGUCACUACCAAUUAUGUUUGCCGACGACAGUCACACAAUUACCAGUUUCACUUUGGUUCUUGAAUUUCAUGAGGGAACACUUCAAAACUUGUUCUGGAAGAGUUUCGGCUGUGGCUCAUGUCCUGGUGGAAGCGUUUGCCUGAAUAAGCAAGACUGUGCAGUGCCAAACACAAAGUGUCAAACGAAUGGUGACAUUUCCUGCAACAUUGGCAUACAGUUAACAUUCUCAGGGACUGACAAGAAUCUCGACGCUCUAAAUUCUUGGUAUGAAGUGAAAAAUCUACGGCAGUACUCCCUCUAUGGUCUAUUCUCCGGCCUUCGCAAUUCCAUUAUAGGGCCAUAUAACAAGUUUUUUUAAGUUUCCAUAUUUCCAGUUUAUAUGCAUAGGAGACUGUACCAUUUUAGCUCUUCUUUGUGAGAGUUUGAUUGUCAUCCCUGCUUCUUUGAAUUCAAAAUCCUCGACAACUUGGCUAUUUCUAUUUAGUCUAAAGUUAUUGAUUGGGAUUUUCUACAAGAGAUGCAAUUAUUUUGAUCCUA